CAUACAAUGACACGAUUUACUGUAAAUGUUCAGUGUUUUGCUGCUAAUAAAACAAGCGCACUGUUUAAAAUAUAGUGAAAAUUCAACACGUCGCGUCAUGCGCUUGCUCCACCCCCACACACACGUUCCAUUGCGUCACUCCGUCAUGCGCACAGCCUACACGUCGCUUCCUUUUGAUCGCCAUAGCAACGGCACGCAACCCCGACCAGAGCCGUGACCACGCGUGAGAUCAGAAUCAGAAUCAGAAUCAUUAAGAUAAACAUUUCAUCGCUUGUUAAACUAAUCACUAAUCACUAAUCACACCUCAGCUUCAUGAUUAUGCUUCUGAUCCAAGUCAAGCCACCGCCGUGCGUCAGGCAGCAAUAUCGACAGGAACAGAUCUAACAGGAAUACAUCUGUCAGUGAGGACGCAUGGAUGCUGAGCAACAUUUGACCACAGAUAUAUUUGAGAAUCCGGAUUUCGAUACACCGCUUUGCAAAAGAAUUGUAGAAGCGCUGCUGGAUAUUAGCGAGGAAAACCUAGGAGAGCAGGAAGUUCACGAGAAUCCCAACCAAACCGGCUGGGAUGAAGCUGUCCAAGGUUGGGGUCAGUGUUCGCCUUUGUCCUGUCUGUUUGCUGCUGCACAACAAAAGAGCAAGAAGCUCAAACCGGAGCUCUCAGCCUCGCAUUGUGUUCUCUGCAACGAUUUGAAGGACCUUCAGAUCGGUCCCAGACAUGCUGCUUCAGAAGCUACCUACGAGAUAUCUGAAGAGCGUCCGGGCAGCGUUUCUCCGUCUCUGGAACAUGUAAACAGAAGCCCAAGCACCAGUAGUUCUGCCUCAUCCUCAGAUGAAGAAUCAUCAGAUAUCAAUCUUAAGGACAGGACCAUCAGAAAAGGCCGGCCGGGAAAUAAACUGCUGUUUGGGACUGAAAAGUUCACACCUGACAAACUGCUCUCUCAUCUACCUCAACCGGAUGCUCGGUGCCUGUUUCUGAAAGAUAGAAAUGUUGAGAAAGUGGUCCUGCUCGGUCGUGUUAUGGUAUUACCUCCAGUAAAUGUGCCAACGAAUUCAAACACUAAUCCAAAGAGCUUGAAUUUUUCAAAGAGGAGAGAGGACAGCGGUGGAACAAGACAAGCUGUCGUUAGUGAGAAACCUGGUGUUGAUGGAGAUCAGGAAAAAUCCUUGCAGAUCCCCCAAGGAUCUGUUCUGCCCAAGCAAAGACCAACGCAGCACCAGUGUCACCUGCUAUCUGAUUUAAGUAUCUCCAGAAAGUAUCAGAUUCUCAACAACAUGGCAGAGGCUCAACCCAGUGCCAACUCUCACCCGGAACGAAACCUGAGGCAGGAGGGGCUGAUCAGGUCACAUGUACGGCACAAUUCUGGCCACAAAUCGCGGUUAAGCCGCAAGGAGAAAAAUCUGAGACGGGCAGAACCCGAGCUUCCGAUGCUGUUGGGCACCAGGAUCCAGAUACCAGUGUCCACUCAGAGAUUACUGUAGCUGCCGAUCUCUCUCUCUCUCUCUCUCUCUCUCUCUCUCUCUCUCUCUCUCUCUCUCUCUCUCUCUCUCUGUCUGUCUGUCUGUCUCUCUCAGCCCCCCCUGAGUCACUGUCUGUCUGUCUGUCUGUCUGUCUGUCUCUCUCUCUCUCUCUCUCUCUCUCUCUCUCUCUCUCUCCCUCUCUCUCUCUGUCUGUCUGUCUCUCUAUCUCUCUCUGUCUCUCUCUCUGUGUCUGUCUCCCUCUCUCUGUCUGUCUGUCUGUCUCUCUCUCUCUCUCUCUCUCUCUCUCUC